AUGGAAUGGUUUGAAGUCAUUUUCAAGAAGGUCCUGGUCAAGAAGCGUUGCGACGAGAAAGCUCCCAGCUGGUGCUUGCUGGAGAAAGGCCGAAGAGUUAUGGUCUUGCCAAGGCGCGAGACAGAUGAUAAAGGGCAUGAAUGGGUGGAGCUCACGCCGUUCGAGCUCCAGCGGACCUGCCCAGAUUGCAAGGGUCGCAGCCCUGAGGAAGCAAGAGGUUUCCUCUUGAUAGAUGGCAGUGCCUUGGGCCUUGGUGCCCUCCUGCAGCGCGUAGACUUUGAUGCUGGGCCCGCGCGGCGUGCAGCCGCACUCUUGCGGGCGGUGGAGGCUGCCCCGGAACUGAAAGCGCAGGGUGACCGUCUGCUGAAGCGCGGAGAGCCCAAAGAGGCCCGCGAACGCUAUGCAGCAGCGCAUGUGGGCGCCUCCUGGGAUGCGGAUUUGCGAGCGGAGCUGCACAUCAAGACUGCAGAAGCCCUGCGGAUGGAGGGCCAGCUGGAAGAGGCUUUGAAAGAAGUCUGCGAGGCUUGCUCUUUCAUGGACAGGGAGAAGUCUGCUCCAGCCUUGCUGUUGCGCGGUAUUCUUCGCUUUGAUUCAGGGAAAUGGCGCGAGAGCUUGGAAGACAUCGAAAAAGCCCAGGAUCUUGCAGCCAGAGCCCAGCAAAGCCUGCAGGACCUGGCCAUGUGGCUGCGACGCGCUCGCGAAGCUGUUCGCCGUAAUGACUCAAGGAGCUUCUAUGCCAUCCUGGGUCUGCGGUGCGAUUGCGAUGCUGCAGAUGUGAGAAAAAGCUUCCACAAGCUUGCGCUGCAGUGCCACCCUGACAAGGUUCAUUCGACCUCGGAGGUCCUGAAGAAAUCGGCUGAGGCGCGAUUCAAAGCAAUCCAAGAAGCUUAUGAGGUCCUAAGCGACCCAAAGCGAAGGCGGGAAUACGACUAUGGCAAGAGCUGA